CACGAGAGCCAAUUCUCAUAAGCUACCGCGAAGUCAGGCAAACUCCGGCCGGACAAGAGUUUCCCGGCGCCAGAGCAGAGCAGAAAAGAAAGCCAGCGAGGCGGCAGCAGCGUCGUCCAUGUCGGUGGGAAGCAAGUCGCUGCCGGCGCGCCGCGCCGACGAGGGAGGAGAGAGCAGCGAUGGCGCCGCGGUGAGGGAGGAGGACGGCUUGCCCAGGGGCGGCGGCGGUAGCAGGAACAGGAAGCAGAAGGCAGCCCGGUACGGCCGCUGCUUCUCCGGGCUGGAGCUCAGCAUCGGGCCGGCGCCGUUGAAGGACGUGGACGCCGGGAGGCUCAAGGACCAGAUCAGGAGGUGGGCCAAGGCCGUCGUGGCCUUUGCGCGCCAGAUCAGCUUCGGCUCGCCGCGGUCCGUGAACAAGUCCAGCGGCGGCACCACGCCGCGGUCGUCCACGUUCCCGGCGGCGCCCAGGUCCAGCCGCCUCGGUGCCGCCAAGAACGACGAGCCUCCAUCCGACGCGUGAGAGCUUGAUGGACAAGACUUGGUCCGCUCCGUGUAUAUAUAACAAGAAUUUACAAAGUAUACUAUAAGGUGCCGUAGCACGACAGCACUAGUUUGAUUUAUUCUUUCGUUUUUUUUCGUUUUCUUCAAUAACAAAAUAUUUUCUUCAUUUUAAAAACAAAUAAUUUGAUUCAUUCUUGCUUAGUUGCCACCUGCAUAUGCUUCGUUGUUUCCCUUUGUUACAUUGUUAUUAGUAAUUUCAAAUUUGUUGGCUAUACUCUUCAAUUCAUCCA